AAAAUGUGAAUGGGCGCGGGGGAGCGGGCGGGCAGAGGCAGCGCGGUGCGGGGCGGCGGGGGGCGGCCGGCCCCGAUGUGCGGGCGGCGGCGGCCCCGCUCCGCCCCGGCUCGGCCCCACGCGUGGGCGCUGCGCGGCGCUGAGCUGCGGGAGCCGGAGCCCGAGCCCGAGCAAGAGGAGGAGGAGGAGGAGGAGGAGGAGGAGGAGGAAGAAGAAGAAGAGGAGGAGGAGGAGGAAGAAGGUGGUCGCCGCUGCUCCUCCGCCGGCCCGGCAUGAGCGCGGCUUUCCAGCCCUCGCUGAUGAUGAUGCAGCGCCCGCUGGGAAGCAGCACGGCCUUCAGCAUCGAUUCGCUCAUCGGCAGCCCCCCGCCGCCCGCCCCCGGCCACUUCGUCUACACCGGCUACCCCAUGUUCAUGCCGUACCGGCCCGUCGUGCUGCCCCCCCCGCCGCCCGCCCUGCCGCAGGCCGCCCUGCAGCCGCCGUUGCCCCCCGCGCCGCCCCCGCCGCUGCCCGCGUUGCCCGGAGCCUUCUGCCCCGGGCUGGCGCAGGGCAUGGCCCUCACCUCCACGCUGAUGGCCGCGCUGCCCGGCUCCUUCCCCGCCUCCCCGCCGCGCCCCGAGGCCGCCAGGAAGUUCGCCCCCCCGGGGAACUUCGACAAGGCCGACGGACUGCCUCCCCCGGACGGCGGCGGCGGCGGCGGAGACGACGGCAAAACCGGGGGGGGGCUGCUACCCUUCCCCGCUGCCGACGCCGUGCACGCAUCGCUGGCCGGGGCCCUCCGCGGCGGCCCCAAAGACGAUCCCAAAGCGGAGGAGGAGGCGAAGGGCCGCGAGGAGAACUUCUCCAUGGACAGCGACCUCGACUACAGCUCCGACGAGAACGGCCCCGCGCCGGCGGCCCCGCGGGAGGAGGACUGUGGCACCGCGUUGGAGGAGAACCCCCCCAGCGCCGCCAACGCCGCCGCCAACGCCGCGGCCACGGGGAAGAACCGACGGCGGCGGACGGCGUUCACCAGCGAGCAGCUGCUGGAGCUGGAGAAGGAGUUCCACUGCAAGAAGUACCUCUCGCUGACGGAGCGCUCGCAGAUCGCGCACGCCCUGAAGCUGAGCGAGGUGCAGGUGAAGAUCUGGUUCCAGAACAGGCGAGCCAAAUGGAAGCGGGUGAAGGCGGGCAACGCCAGCUCCAAGGCGGGGGAACCGUCGCGGAACCCCAAGAUCGUCGUGCCCAUCCCCGUGCACGUCAGCCGCUUCGCCAUCAGGAGUCAGCACCAGCAGCUGGAGCAGGCGCGGCCCUGAGCGCCGCUGGGGGGGCAAAAAAGUUGACAACCGGGGUUUUCGCCGGACCCGCUCUGAAAAGCGAAACGAGCGACGGAAACCAACCCAAACAGACGAAAACGACCCAAGCGAACGACCCAAACGAACGCCUCCCCGCCCCCCCAAAAUGAACCUAGAAGCGACGCGACUCCACCGGCGACCCACGAGCGAUACGGCGGAGCCCCACGCCGGCAGCGAGCGGCAGAACUGAAGGCGGAACGCCGCGCGGAGCGGGGCCGGGGACCGGGACCGCAUCGCCCCGCAGCGCCACGGGAUAACGGCGCUGGGGGAGCCGUCGGUGCGGGGCCGCCCCUCGCAGAGCCGCGUUGAGAGGAGAGGGGGAGAGAGAGAGAGAGAGGAGGGGAGGGGGGGGAGGAGGACGGACGGACGGACGGACAGACGGACACCGAGGAAAGCACGAAUUCAGCGUUGUGGUUUAAUUUAUUUCGAUGUAGCCCGUUUCCUUCUAAGUUAUGAAAUUUAAGGAGCCAACUCCCGUCUUGUGAAUAAAAGCCGACAAAGAAAC